AUGAACGUACUAAUUGAUAUAAUAAAAUGUCAUGAAGACUAUAUACCGUUGGAUAUCAAAGAUGAAGUUAAACAAGUCGUUAAACCGGAUCCAUCUCAGAUUAAAAUUGAGAAAUUGGAAAAUUUAAUAUCAAAAUUGAAUUCAAAGCUGAGUAAACAAUUACGAACAAUGUUAUUUGGCGACUGUGUCAAAGCAGCAUAUCAAAUAUACGCUAUGUAUAAUACCUUACAAGAUACAUGUCUCUUAAUUCGAAAUGCUGAACAAUAUCGUCAAUCAUCUGCUUUGCAACAAGAUCUCACAGAUAUAAAUGAUUCUCUUACAGAAGCAAAACACUUCUAUGAACUUGCUAAGACAACAAUCGAUCAAAUAUCAUCUCAAGGUCAUUCAACACAAGACACACUACUAUAUGUUAAAAAUAAUUUGGUUAAUGCUAAAUGUCAAACGCAAUGUGCACAAACAAAAUUAGAAUCGAUUUUAAAGGAUAUCAAUCGACAUUUACAAUGUUUAUCAUUCAAUAAAAAAAAUCAUAGUAUUGCUAUUGGACAAACUAUAUUCAGUUUUGGUAUUAGUGCUGUACAAUUCGUCACUACACCUGAUUUUGCUAUAACAAAUUUGACAAAAGGUUUGUUCGGUCUUAAUACAAGUUUCCAAGCUGCCAAUGUCAUCGGACAUUCUUAUGGAUUCUACUGGACACAAGAAGAAAUUCAAAAACUAAAUGAGCUUCACGUUAAAAUGGAUAAGUUAGGAAAAAAUAUAAAAGAAUCAUUCGAAAAUAUCGAACAUGGAAUGAAAACAUUCAAUAGUCUCAAAAUGCAUAUUGAAAUUUUGCGUGAUCCUGCGCUCACUAUCGACAAACAACAACAAUGA